AUGCCUGCCUUUGCGCCGCGCCUUCCUUUAGGCCGCAAGUCCCUCGCCGCUGAUGCUCAGCCCGUGACACACUACCACUCCGACUUUGCUGAGCUCCUCUCCUGGAAGAAUCCUCGCAACUCCGCCAUCGCCUAUGGCUCUAUUGUUACUUUCAUUCUCGCCACCCGCUUCUUCGACAUCAUCCGCUGGGCCAUCAAGCUCUCAUGGAUGACUCUCGCCGUCACCAUUACCGCUGAGGCUGUUGGCAAGCUUGUCCUUAACAGUGGCAUUACCUCGCAGCUCCGUCCUCGCCGAUACUACACCAUUCACCGCGACACUGUUGAGGGGUUCGUUGGAGACGUCCACGAACUUGCCAACUUUUUCAUUAUCGAAGGCCAGCGCAUUCUCUAUACCGAAAACAUUGCUGUCUCCGCUGCUGCCUGCUUCGCUGCCUUCGUCUCCUACUUUCUCGUCAAGCUUCUUCCAUACUGGGGUCUCGCCAUCCUCGGCACCACGCUUGCUUUCUUCGUUCCCCUCAUUUACGCCGCCAACAAGGAACUCAUCGAUGAGCAGCUCCAGAAUGCCUCUGACCUUAUCAACGCCCAGACUGCUCAGGUCCGCGACGCCGCCCAGAAGCAGGCUGAUCAGCUCACCGCUCUUGGCAAGCAGUAUGCCGGCGACUACACUGGCAAGGUCCAGGACAUGAUUCGUGGCCGCCCUGCUCCUACUGCUACCUCGGCUGCCCCUUCUGCUCCUGAGAAGACCCCCGUCAAGGCCAAGACUCCCGAGUUCCCUACCGCUCCUACCGAGGAGCCCGUCGCUGCCGCCAAGGAGACCGCCCCCGAACUCCCCGAGAUACCUGCUGUUCCCGAGCAGGAGCCUCUGAUCGCCGCCUAG